CCCUCCUUCCUUCCCUCCCUCUCCCUCUCUCCCAGUCCUGCCCCCAUCUCUGUCUCUGCUCCCGCCCUCUCCAGGCAUCUCAUCAAACUUUUUAAAUGAAGCCGCAGCCGCGGGGUGGAUCUCUGGCCGGAGCCGGGACGGCCGAGCCUCUGGCCGAGCCUCCCUCACUAGAAUCGGGUUUUCAUGUUCUAGGCUGUGGAGAGCCGGGCCAGUUACUGAAGCCCCUCUAAGGAGCGGCCCCGGCCCCCUUAGGGGUCCGCAUGGCAGAAGGGAGAGGGAGCCGGGAUCCCGGCCCCAGCGGGGCCUCCCUGCGACUGCCCCUGGCCGCUGGGGUGUGGCCUUCUGGGGUUAAAAAAGGCCAAUCGACCGUCCGGGGUCAGGCCUCGCAGCAGGUGUGGGCGGCUCGCUGCCAGCCCCCCCUUCCAGGCCCCCGGGGGCCUCUCCCGGGCGCUUCCAGCCCCCUCCUAAAAGGGGCCGCCUGUUGCUUCAGGUAGAGCCUGACACGGGGGCCCUCCCCUGGUGGGUGGCCCAGAAGGUUCCCUUUGGGAGACUGCAGUUGGGGGAGGGAGGCCCUUGUGGGUAGGCCCCAGCGGGCCCUGACACCCACCGGCACGGGGCGCCAAACGCAGCUUCGGCGCGGACACCUCGGAGCGUCCUGCCUGGCCCCGUGGCCGACCCUUCCCAGUCUCGCGGGAUCGCGGCCGGCACCCCGCGCUCCCCGUUGUCGGCCAGGUCUGAGGGGGCCAGACUGGCUAUGAGAAUAACAACUGCCACUUAUAUAAGGCCUUCAAGGUCACAAGAGCCUCUUAUCUCCCUCAGGUCCCUCCACAAUCUGGGAGUGGAAACUGCAGACAUUGUUUACAUUCUACAGAUAAGGAGACAGGAGACUUGUCCAUGGUCCUGUUACUCCCGGAUGUCGGGGCAGGAGCCGCCACUGAGUCACGAGGGGCUUUCCCACUUUCUCCUGCCCUCCUGAAGGGCCCAACUCCCUGCCAGAGAGCCUGAAGCGGACUUGGCCGGCCCGCAGCCUGCCCGGCCAAACAGAACCGGCCCCACCUUCUCAGAGCCCGCUGACCCUCCCCUCACACGGACGGGAUCCCCAUUCACCCCCCGAGGAGGGACUCUCCUGGCCAGGCCCGAAGGGCCUCCACGUCCUGCGAACCAUCAAUCCCUCGGUCUGUAUCCCAAAGAGAUUUAAAAGAGGAAAAGGACCCGUCUGUACAAAAUAUUCCUAGCAGCUCUUCUCCGGCGGCUCAGAACUGGAAAGGCCCGGACGCCGGGGAACGGCUGCGUCCGGGGAACAUCACGGUGCCGGCCACAAGCAGCCCGACCUCAGAAAAACCUGGAGAGCCCAACACCCCCUGAUGCGGAGGGAAGUGAGCAGAGCCAGGAGAAGGCCGCACGCAGCAACAGCUGCUCAGUGGGGAGCUGGGAGGGACUCGGCCGCUCCCAGCAAUACAAUGAUCCCAGCCCGGCCCAAGGGACUCAUGAGGAAGCCUGCUGUCCCUCUCCACAGAAAGACCAGCUAUUGUCUGAUCCCAACUGAAGCUCGUUCUCGCUUUUUCUUUUUCUUCCUUUCCCCCUUCCUCCUUCCUUCUCCUUUUUCUUCCUUCCUUCCUUCCUUCCUUCCUUUUCUUUCUUUCUCUUCCUUCUCUUCCUUUCUUUCUUCCUUCCCUUUUUAUUCCUUCCUUCUCUUCCUUUCUUUCUUCCUUCCUUCCCUUUUUAUUCCUUCCUUCUUCCUUUUCUUUCUUUCCCUCCCUCCCUCCCUCCCUCCUUUCCUCCCUUUCUUCCUUCCUCUUUCCAAAAUGACCAAUAUGAAAACAUUUAUACAGAUGUAUAACCUAUAUUGGACAGCUUACCACCUGAGGGAGGGGGAAGAGGAAAGUCGGAGGAAGGGACAGAAUUUGGAGCUCAAAACUUAAAAAAAAAAAAAAAAAAACUUUAAAAAUCUUAACAUAUAAAUGGGGAAAAAAAUUUAAUCUUAUUAAAAACUAAAAAGGCAGCAGCAUGUGCCGAGUUACUGGCACCCCCCCUCCCCCGGCCCCAGCCGGCCCUGGUAGGAAGUCCUCUGAAGCAACGCAAGCCCACAGAGGCCUCCCGGGCCGGAGCUGAGGGCAGCCGGGUCCCCCCCUCUGCUCCACCUUCCUCUGCUCUCUAUCUAGUGGGAAACCUCCUCUUCCCGGCGCUCUCCUCUCCUCUCCGAAUGUUCUGACCCACAAGGAGAGAACCGCCAAAAGGCCGAGUCAUCACGUGACAAACGUGGGUCCAGAUCCGGCUAAAGUCAAUCACUGGGCGCGGGUCCAAACCGGCCCGAGAGCGCCGGGCCCAGGACAGGGGUCCAAGCCCCGCUGCCGUGGACGCGAGUCAGACGGUCUCUCAGGCGCUAGGAGGGGAAGUCCGGAGCCCACGGCAGCUCCUGAAUAAGCUUCAGAACCCUGGCCUUGGCAAGGAGGCAGCAGCUGCAAGGGGCCAGCAGGGGGGACGCGGCCCUUCCCUCGGUGACUGACCCAGGCUCCUUCCCGACCCGCCUUCGGCUCUCUGGGCCACAGAAGGAGCGAGGGGGGCCGGAGUCCAGGCCCUGCCACGGCCUCUCUGAGGAGGCCCAAAGUGGACGAGCCCCUCACUGCGCCGGGCCCGCCCUCUGUGCCCAGGUUCUCCCGGGCUCCGCGGCCGCAGCUUGGCCCUGCGCCAGCCUCUCAGUCACGAGCCCGUUGGCGCGCGUCCUUCCGCAGAGGAGCUGACCUUUACAAUGUGUCAUUCACUGCUGGCCAAAGCGGGCUCCCCACGGGCGGCCGAGGGCUGACGUUUCUGUCGUCUGGGCCCCCGAUCCAGCGGAACAAUUCCUUGCCCAGUCAUCCCCGAACGCCAGUGGGGCCCGGGAGGCCCGAGGGAGCCCGCCAAGGCCGGGCUACGGCUCUAGGACUCUCGCCUCGGCUCCAGGUCUGUCCAACAAGGAGCGUCCGAGGCAAGAGCCGCCCAGUUUGCCAGCAUCUGCCAGCGCCUUCUCUUCCCUUCCGGCCAUUUCAUUUCCUCCAACUGUCGCCGGGUCCCGGGCUCCGAGGGCCCACCUGUCACAGCGCAGGAAGUCCCGGGUCUCGUUCCCCGGCGCUCGCGUCUCCCCCUCGGAAAACAGGGAUCCCAGAAGGGCUGCCACCCCCUCCCCCACCCCCACAGCUGCUUCCUAAGCCUCCCCAGGGUGGUUUGACUGGCAAACUUCCAGCUGUGCCUUCCCCUCCUCCCACUCCCCAAUCCCUGGCAGGAGCCGGUCCAGCCCCUCGCUCAGGGCAUCCCAGCCCCCAGGGAGGGAGAGCAGGAGGCUCGGGACGACGGGGGUGGUCUUUGGGCCGGCGAAGAGUCAGCCUGGCCGUGGCUCUCCCCGGUGUCAGAUGGCGGCCCCCCGAGGCCGGCCACAAAGGAGCAGAGGGGAAACGUUCAGAGCAGCUGCUGGGGCCGCCACCAGCCUCUGCCCGGAAGGCCCGGGGAGCAGCUGGAGGGGGGAGGAGGCGCGAGGCAGCCCGUGGGGCAGAGAGCAGUGAGGCAGAAGGGACCCUGGAAGGGUGGGCGGGGGGAAGCAGAGGGGGAGGGGCCCUGCCGGCGCUCUCCCGCUGGGCUCAGGCCGAGCCCCGGACAGACCCCCGCCCGGCCCCCCCUCCCUUCUGCGGGCCCACGUGCACGAAUGGCGAGCGGCUUUUCUGAUGGGAAACCGAAGAGAGUGACGUCACCUCUCGGGGCCCGCCGCUCGGGAACGGCAAGGAGGACGCCCGGCUGUGUGGGCGAGGAUUACAUCAUAGGUCAGGCCCGACGCCCCCCAGCCAUCCCACCUCAAGGGCCUUCAGGACAUCUGCGCGUCUGGCCUCCUUCCUCCCAGGAAAACAGACUCUCCCAAGGGAGAGGGAAGGACGCAGGCCAAGGGGCAAAGUUCACUCCUCCCUCCGGCUCCGGGCGGAGAACAAAGGCCCCGGGAUCGUUGGCGGCUUGGUCAGAGCGCUCGGCCAUCCUGAGGCCCCAGGCCUGGGUCGUGCUGAUGAAAGGGGGAAAUGGCCCCGAUGGGCGCAAGGGACGGGCCCAAAGGGGACUCUAAACACGGCCUGACGUGCUCCAGGAUCCCGAUCUGGGGGGCGCUCCAUGGAAGGGCCCAGGGCCGAGGCCCCCCUCCCAGCGCUCUCCGGGAGAAGGGGGAGGACCACCGGCAGGAGCCCGGGGGCUACCCCUGCAGCUGGGGCCUUCCUCCGGAUGUCUCUCUUCCUGGCCCGACGUGGCCCUUUGCCCAGGUCCCGGGCAAGCUUGGCCACAGCCCACGGGGGCUGCUCACUCCCCAGAGCACAGAGAACCCCCCCCUCCCCAGCUGCCCGGCGGCUGCUCACACGUCCAGCCCCUCGGGGGGAACCGCGUGCCUGGGGCCUGCUGGGGGGUUCCGCAAAUUGCGCAGCCUCAGCUUCCCUAAGAAAGCCUGGGAACGUGGGGAGGGCUGCGACCAGCAGGAACCACUGCCCAUUCCUGGCAGGAACCACUGCUGGGGGGGGUCGCCCCCUUGUUCUAAGCCCCCCUCAGCCAGCCCCCCGCAGGCUCCCCGCACACACACUGGCCCCCAAUGCCAGGCCGCGGAGGGCAACACUGUGUCACGAGGACACGCCGGGCUCCGCCCGGCAAAGCAAGAUCCUCCCUCCGUGAUGUGGACGAGCCUUGCGCGGUGCAGUCGCAGCCGUCAGUUUGUCACGGGGGCUCCGUGCUGGGAGCGGCUUGGGAGGCGGGCUGGACAGGGCGUUGGAGGUCCCAGGGCAUCGUGGUCUGAGGAAGAAACUGGGUCUCUGGGGCCCAGAGGAGGCCACGGGCUCCAUCAGGAUCCCGUGAUGGAGCCUCUGGCCCCCACGAUUGGGCCCCUGCCCCCGCAGGCCGCGUUCUUCCUCCCCGGCCCCAGUUCUGGAUCGGGGGCGGCCUCCGCGGCACCAGGUGCAGGAUUUGGGAGAACUCCCCCGGCAGCAGAGGCCGCGAGCUGGGCCAGACUUAUCAGCAAACAGGCGGCAAUUUGUUCCCCAGCUACCAGGGUGUGCCAGGUGUGAAGCGACCUGGAGAGCUCACGUUCUCUCAGAAACACACCUAAAAAUGCCUGACGACCGGACCGAGGCAGGAGGAAACCAAUGACCCGCCCCCCGAGCAGGAGCUGUGGGGCAGGGGGACACCCUGCUGUGAGGUGGUCCCUGCCCCCGCUGCCUGCGGUCAGCGCCAAAGCAGCAGCCCCACCUCUUAGAGCCCAGAGAGCCCCUCCUAAGUUCCCGAGUGUCCUGGACUUGGGGAAACCCCGCCUCCCCCCCCCCCCCCCCCCCAGCCUCUUAGAGCCCCAGGGCUCCUUCCAAGGUCAGCGCAUGCAUUCUUGCGCUUGCUGCUGAGCACGGCCCCUCGAUGACAAGACAGACCGGCCUGCGCUCAGUCAGUCAACAAGCCUUCCUCAAGCACUCCCUCUGAGCUGCUCACUGGCAUAAACAAAGGCAGACUCGGGGCUGCCCCCGAGAGACCCUGGGACCCAGGAGAGGGGAGCGGAGCCCGUGCGGACCCACCGGCGCAGCGCGAGAGCCAGCUUUGCCAAGCGCCCACCGGGAAGGAGCGAGCCCCCGGGGAAGACCCCCAGGCCUCAGUCCCCUCAUCUGUAAAAUAGCCUCUGAGCAGCUCUAAAUGCAAACCAUGUUUUCUGAGUGCUUUAUAGCCAUUAAACCAUCGGACAAUCACAGAACUUUACAUACAUUUGAUAAACCCAGAAGAAGUAACUGGCACGGAUGAGUCCAUCUCUGAGGCAGCAGGGGGCUAGCUCGGGCGGUAGAGUGCCGGACCUGCAGUCACAAGGACCUGAGUUCAAAUCCAGGCACAGUCCCUUCCUAGCUGUAUGCCCCUGGUUGUCAUUUCAUCUGUUUGUCUCAGUUUCUUCAACUGUAAAAUGUGUGUAACGAUAGCACCUUCUUCCCAGGGCUGUUGUAGGGCCAAAGUAGAUUAUUUCUAUAAAAUGUUUAGCACAUAGUAGGUGCUUCUCUUCCCCUGCCCCUUCUUACAAAAAGGAAGAGCUCAAGGUCAGCGAGCUGAAGGGACCUGCAAGAUCACACAGGGAUGGAUCGAAUGAACAGAACCAGAGCCACCCGGCCAACUCUCUCUGAGAUCCGACUGUCCUGCCUCCCUCUGCCCCUCCCCCCCUCUCUCUGGACCCCCG